UUUAAGCAUCUGCCGGUGAUUUGAGGCAGCCGUGUACAGAAUAUACACACAUUUUGUAAAUCAUUCUUUUGUCGAAAACAAGUGAAGUGUUGAAAACAAUAGGCCAAAAUGAGUGGCGGUACUAUGUUGUAUGGCGGAGAUGAGAUUGGUGCCUUAGUUUUCGAUCCAGGGCACCAUUCGUUACGUGUGGGCUAUGCCCAGGAGGAUUCGCCCAAAGCUGAAAUACCUUCUGUUGUCGGGAUUGGAACCAGCGCGCCAGACACCAAUCUUGAUCCAGAGACAAAGACAGACAACAAUGUGACGCCAAGCAACACCGACGCACGCAAGUUCUAUGUGGACACAAACUAUGUGAAUGUUCCACGGUCGCAGAUGGAGGUGCAGACUUACAUGAAGGACGGCAUGAUUGACAAUUGGGAGCUGUUUGAGAAGGUCAUCGACUAUGCAUACGCAAAUGUCAUACAAUCGGAGCCGGAGUAUCAUCCGGUGCUCUUCUCAGAGGCAUCGUGGAAUGUGCGAAACAAUCGCGAAAAGCUAACCGAGCUCAUGUUCGAGAAGUACAAUGUGCCAGCAUUCUUUUUGGUCAAAAACGCUGUGCUAGCUGCGUUCUCCAGCGGACGUGCCACGGCUCUUGUGGUAGAUAGCGGGGCAACGCACACCUCUGCAGUGCCUGUGCACGAGGGCUAUGUGCUUUCCCAGGCAGUGGUCAAGUCGCCACUUGGCGGAGAUUUCCUCUCCAGACAGUGCAGGCAACAUCUGGAAAAACAUGGCAUCGACUUAUCGCCAGUGUAUAGAAUUGCCUCCAAGGAUGUGGUGAAGGAACGCGAUAAUGCACGAUUCACGCUGCGCAAGCUACCCGAGAAUCUCACACAAUCGUGGCAAAACUAUAUGCAGCAGCUUUUGAUGCAGGACUUUCAGAUGAAUGUGCUGCAGGUGCUAGAGAAUCCCUACGACGAGCGCGUCGCCUCACAAAUACCUAUGGUACACUAUGAGUUCCCCAACGGCUAUCAUCAAGAUUUUGGUUCCGAGCGUUUCAAGAUUGCCGAAAGCCUCUUUGACAAUGCCAUGCUUGGAGCAGGACAACUCGCGUCCACAAGCGUGGGAAUGUGCGACGCUGAUGUGCGCUUGUCUCUCUUUGGUUCGGUUGUAGUUACAGGUGGCAAUACACUGCUGCAAGGUUUCCCCGAACGCCUCAAUCGGGAUCUGCAAUUGCGGGCACCGUCGAACACUCGCUUGAAAAUGAUUUCAGCCAACGGAAGCGUGGAGCGAAGGUUUGGAGCUUGGAUUGGUGGCUCCAUACUAGCAAGUAUUGGCACAUUCCAGCAAAUGUGGAUAUCAUCGCAGGAAUAUGAAGAGGCUGGCAAGAGUCAAGUGGAACGCAAAUGCCCAUGAAUGAUGUUUUUAAACCAGAACCAGAACGAAUUCCAAUUAUAAUUGUAAAGACAAUGAUUCAAUGAUAAUUUUUUAAGUCUACUAUUUAUUGUGCGCCUAAUUCCACGAUUUGAUUUGUCCACUCAACGAUAAACACAUAACCAGGUUUAUAAAUGCGCUCUUAUAAAUAC